CCCUUCCUUAAACACAGCACUCUUCCACUGCUGCUGCUAGUUUGUCAAUUCUGUAUCUGAUGAGAAGAUGGUGGCUGUAGCGUCAGCGUCUUAAAAAAAAAAAUGAAGCUCUCUCCGAUACUCGUCAUCCUCCGAUUGGCACGACAACCCUCUGACAGCCGUUAAGAAAGAUAAUUGGAAGCAAGCUCGGCCAGGAGAUCUUGGUGACGUGAAUAGACUGCGGAGUUGCCUUGAAUUAAGGAAUGUCUGUACCCGGAGACAUCAUCACCCCCACAGUUCAGUCACAGUAAUUGAAUAAAGCUCCCAAAACUGAGACACUUUUCCUUUGGGACUGCAAGCUAGGGAGAGCAGAGGGGAGGAAAAUUAAUAACUGUCCUGGCUGUACUUUCCCUUGAUGUGCUCUGCUGAAGAACGGUGACCUAAGAAAGAAAGAAAGAAAGAAAGAAAGAAAGAAAGAAAAACAAAACUUGUGUUGCCUUUGGAAUAUUGAAAAGGGGGAGAAUAAACAUUGUUAAUGGAUGAUUCCUUUUGUUGGUUUUGAUUUUCGUAUUUUUCGUUUUUUGGGUGAGGGUUAAAUAAGGGUUGCAAGAUCUGCGUGACAUAUAAAUCUUUUUUUACAACCCUUCCUCGAUAUUCUUGUCUACUCCCACUUCGGCAGUCUCUUAAGAGACACCAACCAAGCCUCCUAGUUUUGGACCCGUGCUCGCCGCAGUGAGGAAACGGAGAGGUGAGCCGGGAAAGGACGCGGAUGUAUUGAUAGGAGCAGGCCCUCCUGUUGAAAGGCGCACAGAAGACACUAAAACAGGGAAAGCAAGACAAAUAAAACAGUCUCGUAUUUUAUUUGCUGCCAAGUUCAGACACCCCCUCCAGCCACUUUGCGUGUUGAAAUACGAAGUACCUGGGCGCGGUAAUGCGAUAGUAGAAGAAAGUAAAUAAGAUUUAAAAAGUAAAUAAGAUUAAACUAGUAGGAAUGAAAAAUGACGGUGCCACUGGAAUGUAUGUGGUCUUUUUUUUUUAAAGCCUUAAUGUGGAUUAAACGCAGAGGAAAGGAAAUCGGUAACAUUUGAAAGUGAAGUUUCUCUUUAAAAUAAUCCUAGUUAUAUUGAAGCGAGGAGUGUUUGGAGGAUGUUCGGCAGAAUAAGGAUAGGGGCUGGUGUUAUUUCUCAUCACACUUUCAGAAGAGAUUGAUCAUAAAGAAAAAGUAUUUUAAGAAGCAGAUUCUGUCUGCAACUGCCAGAAGUUUCUUUAUAACACUCGAAAGGGGACGAUGAACAAACGUGAUAUUAAAAAAAAAAAAAAAAACUGUUUUCCUUGUUAAAAUCCUGCGAAGUUAUGUGAUGAAUGAUUUGCAGUGUUUGAAAGAGAAAAAGUGUAGUACAAAUGAAAUGUAUUAAACCAAAUGUAAUUGAUGCAGUAUGAGAGAGACCAAUGAUGAACUGUGCAACAAGAAGAUCCUGGAACUCUGUGCUCAAGUACAAGUAGACAGCCUGGGUAACAAGAAGAGGAUGGAAUAAGUGCGGGACGUUUUUAAAAUUAUUUUUGUGUUAAUUUCUAACAUGGCCUCCCCACAGCACCAACAGUUGUUGCUACAUAGCACUGAGGUUAGUUGCAGUGCCACUGGAGAUAGUGUGUCUGUGAAGAUCAACAGCAAGCCACAGCUGCAUGGCCCUGCUAGCAGCAGCAGCAGCAGCAACAGCAGCUCCAAGCACUGCAAGUACAGCAUCUCUUCCAGCUGUAGCUCUGGGGAGUCAGGUGUCCGCAGGGUGGUGACUACAAGGGCCAGGCGCCCAAAGAAGCUGCCACAGCUUUUUGAGAGGUCCUCGUGGCAGUGGUGGAACCCCAAGUUUGAUUCUACCAACCUUGAAGAAGCCUGCCUUGAGAGGUGCUUCCCCCAGACCCAGCGCAGAUUCCGCUAUGUGCUCUUUUACUUGGUGGCUGCAUGCCUCCUUUGGAGCAUCUACUUCAGGGUCAACGGUGCCAGGUGCGACCAGACUGCAUUUUUGGUCCCCACUCUGGGUUUCCUCGUAUUCUGCAUUUUGCUUUUGCUGUUCACCUUCACCCGCUUCUACGCCAGACUGUAUGUCUGGGUCUCCUUGUUGCUCUUCAUUGUCACUUUUGCCUUGACUUUGUCCCCCCAAUUGCAACAUGCUUUCUUCUUGAAAGACGGUGACUUUGACAACAGCACAGGCCUGACUAAUGCUGCCUACACCUGGGAACCCUGCCUUUCCCCUGUGGGCACUUUCUCCCUAUGCAUGGAGGUGCUCCUGUUACUCUACACUAUCAUGCACUUGCACCUGUACCUCUGUGUCUUGCUAGGUCUGGUCUAUUCAACGUUGUUUGAGAUCCUGGGUUGGUUCUACUUUGCCAGUGACAGCACAGAGUCCAACCCCCUUUACUGGCUAGCCCCUGCCAAGGCUCUUCUGCACAUUUGUGCCCACGCCAUUGGGAUCCAUCUGUUCAUCAUGUCAGAGGUUCGCUCGCGAAGCACCUUUCUGAAGGUGGGCCAGUCCAUAAUGCAUGGAAAGGACUUGGAGGUGGAGAAAGCCCUGAAGGAGCGUAUGAUCCACUCGGUCAUGCCUAGGAUGGUAGCAGACGAGCUGAUGAAGCAAGGGGAUGAUGAGAGUGAGAAUUCGGUGAAACGCUACUCCACUUCCAGCCCCAAAAACAAGAAGAAAAAGCCAUCCAUUCCCAAAGCCCAAAUCAUCUUCAGGCCUUUCAAUAUGAAGCGAAUGGAGCCUGUGAGCAUCCUCUUUGCCGAUAUUGUGGGAUUCACCAAGAUGAGUGCCAAUAAGUCGGCACAUGCCCUGGUGGGUCUUUUGAACGACCUAUUUGGCCGAUUUGACAGACUCUGCGAGAUCACCAAUUGUGAGAAGAUCAGCACGCUGGGUGACUGCUACUACUGUGUGGCGGGCUGCCCAGAACCACGUGCUGAUCACGCUUAUUGCUGCAUUGAGAUGGGCCUUGGUAUGAUCAGGGCCAUAGAACAGUUCUGCCAAGAGAAGAAGGAGAUGGUAAACAUGCGGGUGGGUGUCCACACGGGCACUGUGCUCUGUGGCAUCCUGGGCAUGAGACGCUUCAAGUUUGACGUCUGGUCCAACGACGUCAACCUAGCCAACCUAAUGGAGCAGCUCGGUGUAGCUGGUAAAGUCCACAUUUCUGAGGUGACCGCCAGCUUCCUUGAUGACCGAUACCUGCGAGAGGACGGCAGGGUGAUGGAGAGGGUUGGGCAGAGUGUUGUAGCUGACCAGCUGAAAGGUCUCCUUCAAUCACUCAGCCUAGUAGCUGCAUCUGCUGGGAGAAAUGGGACUGGAGCAGCUGCCGAUUCCUCACAGCAGUCUUGUGUCGAUGCAGACUCAACAUACUGGGGUGCUUGUAGAUGGAGGCUAAAGACCUACCUGAUCUCUGGGCGGAAGGUGGAGAGGUCCCAGUGCAGGUGUUCCCAGCUGGGCCUGGCUGGGUCGGAGUAUGUGGACGGGGCCUCCAGGACACAGACUUCAGAGACCAUUACCACCACAGAGGCAACACACACCAGCAGCCAGACUGACAGAACCAAGGAGCUGUGUCCUUCGUGCAGUGUGAUGCUGGUCCCAACCUGUGACACCCCAACUGAAGACAGCACUGUCCAGAAUGGUUGUCAGGAAGACCACAAGAACAACAUAAAGCCUAUUCCAGACGCAAGAUGCAAGACGCAAAAUGGGCUACUGAGCCCGCCCCCAGAGGAAAAACUGACCAAUAGUCAGACUUCUCUCUGUGAGAUGCUACAGGAGAAGGAGAAGGGGAAGUGGGUGGGGGUAAGUAUGGACCAAUCAGCCUUGCUCCCGCUGCGGUUCAAGAACAUCCGUGAGAGGACUGAUGCUCACUUCGUCGACGUCAUCAAGGAGGACAGCCUGAUGAAGGAUUACUUCUUCAAGCCACCCAUAAACAAGCUGAGCCUAAACUUCCUGGAGAAGGGCCUGGAAAUGACGUAUCGCAUCAGCUACCAGAAGGAGGUGAAGGACAGAGUCCCAGUAAAGACAUUUGCCAGCUCCACCUUCAGCUCCUUCAUUGAUGUGCUCCUGUCCUCUGCUGUCUUCCUCUUCCUCACCAUUGGCUGCUUCCUGAAGCCCUGGGUCUCUGGCACCGCAGCCCCUCCAGCUGCUGUCGCUGUCUGUGUGCUUGCCAUCCUACUGGAGCUGCUGUCCCUCGUCCUAUCCGUGCGAAUGGCAUUUUACCUGGAGGAAGUGGCAGGCUGCACCAAACACCUGCUGCAAGUCAUUUCUGGUUGGAUCCCCCGGCAUUUCAUUGGAGCCAUCCUCAUCUCCCUCCCAGCACUCGCUGUCUUUUCCCACAUCACCUGCGAGUUUGACACCAGCAGCCACUUCACCAUGUUCAUCUGCUGUGCGAUUAUCAUCACCAUCAUCCAGUACUGUAACUUCUGCCAGCUGAGCUCCUGGAUGAGGUCCUUCAUUUCAACUGUGGUGGGUGUGGUGCUGCUGAUCCUGCUCUACACAUAUCUCUACCCUGAGGAGCUGGGCUCCUCGAACAGCUCUGUACCCGAGACACUGCAGCUGCUGGACCUGAACAGAGAGGAAGUGAUCCUGGCUUUCUUCCUGCUACUCCUUCUGGUGUGGUUCCUGAACCGGGAGUUUGAGGUGAGCUACAGGCUGCACUACCAUGGCAACGUGGAAGCUGACCUCCACCGUGCCAAGAUCCAGACCAUGCGUGACCAGGCCGACUGGUUGCUGCGCAAUAUCAUCCCCUACCACGUUGCUGAGCAGCUGAAGGUGACACAGAGCUACUCUAAGAACCACGACAACGUGGGUGUCAUAUUCGCCAGCAUCGUCAACUUCAGUGAGUUCUACGAGGAGAACUACGAGGGCGGAAAGGAGUGCUACCGUGUGCUGAACGAGCUGAUUGGUGACUUUGACGAGCUGCUGAACAAACAGCAGUACAGCAACAUCGAGAAAAUUAAGACCAUUGGGGCCACCUACAUGGCUGCUUCGGGCCUCAACCCCUCGCAGUGCCAGGACAACAGCCAUCCACAUAGGCACCUCCGCACCCUCUUCGACUUCGCCAAGGAGAUGAUGUGCGUCGUGGACAACUUCAACAAGGACAUGCUCUGGUUCAACUUCAAGCUACGCAUCGGCUUCAACCACGGGCCCCUCACGGCAGGCGUUAUUGGCACCACAAAGCUGCUGUACGACAUCUGGGGGGACACGGUGAACAUUGCCAGCCGCAUGGACACCACCGGGGUGGAGUGCCGAGUGCAGGUGAGCGAGGAGAGCUACCGUGUCCUCAACGAGAUGGGCUACGAUUUUGACUACAGGGGCACCGUCAAUGUAAAGGGAAAAGGCCAAAUGAAAACGUUCCUGUUCCCCAAAAGCGUGGACAGUGGAAUGGUGCCACAGCACCAGCUGUCAGUCUCGCCAGACAUCCGUGUCCAAGUGGACGGCAGCAUUGGACGCUCCCCCACGGACGAGCUUGCCAACAUGGUCCCCUCUGCCGGUGGCCAUGGCUUGGACCGCACCCCUCCACAACGGGCAGCAGCUGCUAUGGAGAAGUUAGAUGUCAAGGACUCAUCGGGCCACCUCAGGGCAGCUCCUUUUGCUGUCUCCAGCCCAGGCAACACCCAGAGACCACUCCCGGCCCAAGCCUUGGCCACAACUGCCACCCGCAACCUCCAUGCUGAAGAAGAAGAAGGUGAGGAGGAGGAGGAAGAGGAAGAGGCAGACGAACUGACAAAACUCAAAAUCUCAGAAAGCCUAUGAUGCAGCUUGACUCAUUUUAGGCUUGUCUUCUUUAUUUGGGUGGCACCUUAGAGGGGAAAAAGAAACAAACUGUGAUGUUUUCUAUGUUCAGUUUUUUUAGUUUUUACUCAUUUUUUUUUGUUAAUUUGUUUUUUUUUGGCUGGCUUACAUUUCACAAGAAAAGGGGGUAAUUGCUCUCCUUCCCACUCCCCUCUUUCAUUUUUUUUUUUUGUUUCUUGCUGUUUAUUGGAUUAAUUAAGUGCCUUCAGAAAUAAAUUAACAGCCACUCAGCUAAAGAGGGGCGUUAAAAGAAUUGUCAUAGCAUGGCUUUUAUGAAACAGACAAAGGGAAAAGCUGUGGUUAUUCUUUUUUCUUCGCUAAUGCAAGUGUUAUUGUUAUCAUUAUUAUUUUAGCGUAACUUUAAAAAUCCAGCAAUGGUAUUUACACAAACAAACAAAAGGCUGAUGUUGAAGUGUAUCAGUAGUACACCGUGGAAAGAGGAGGGGGGGGUGCAGGGAAGAGUAACAGAUGUGUUUAGCUUUUUGUCUACAGACAGUUCAUCGCAAUUAGGAUUACAAUGGAACCUCACCUGAUACUUCACUGGACCCCUGCUCGGAAGUCUGUGCAAGUACAGCUGUGCACUGUGCUGAGUAAAAGGGUUGCUUUGCAAAAAAGAGACAGCAGUAGAACUUAGCACAUCAAAGGGUAAAACAGAUCUGCAUUCCAAGACAAUAUAUCUUAGUUUUUUCUUAGUUUAAUGGCAGCUUUUUAUUUAUUUUUUAUUUUUUUACUUCUAUGGAAAGUUGCCAUGGAUAAAAAACAGACACUCUGAAUUCUGAGCUGCCCUCUUAUCAGUAAUCGGCAGUUUAGCCGGAUAUUAAGUUAUCGUUACUCAUGUUUCAUAUUUGCUUCUAACUCCAAGUAGUAGACAACAUUCACUCCAUACUCCAUACACAUCAGGAGUUUGGGUGCCGCAGCGAUACGCGAACUGACAAAGGUAGUGUAGAAGGUCAGUGUUCUGGGGGAAAAAACACUUUACAGUUGUGCGCCCCACAAUUAGUAGAUAAAAUGCUGCAUCUUUUUUCUCUUUUUGUUGUGCUAUUUUACCACCUAACUGCAGUGAAUGUUGUGCCAUAGAGAGUUCUAGUCAAAAAACAGCUGUGUUGUAAUUGAUAUGUUUUUUAAAAGAAAAUCAUAGUACAGACCUGUUUAGUCUGUUCAGUAGAAUGUUCCACACAGUGAGGAAAUAAUGUAUCACACUUUGCUCACGAAGUAUACGAGGCCAUGUGCAUUUAACACAGUUGGCUCUUUUUAAAGAACCAUUCAGAGGUACUUUUCUUCAUCCCUGUGCUAUGCUUGCCCUGUAAAUGGACGCACAGACAUAUAGAGGGAUUUGACCUUCACUGCUCUCAGUCCCUAACUUUUGAUGGGUAUUGGUGAUGUCUUUUAUAGUGGUUUCCACUCUGAAAGCUCUUACUUUAUAUAAAGUAGCACUUUAAAAAUGAAUGCCUCUUUGUGUUGUUGGAUAUGGUUUAAGUAAUCCAAAGUACGUGGCAGUUAGCAUUCACAAAAACAAUGACAUUUAAAAAUUGUCAGCAAUUUUUCAAAUUUGCCUUCUGAACUUACUCUACAUGCUACAUUUUGAAAUAUCUCUUGAUUGUAAGAUGAAAUGUAUUUCUUAAUUUUGAAAGAGGCCACAAGAAGACCCACUAAACUUAGUGUGGUAUGAUGGAAUUGAAAUACUGUAAUAUGAAACCUUGUUCCAGUAUUCAGGUAUGAUAUUAUUUUUGAUGUGAAAUGGGUUUUUAAAAUAUUCAUAAAUCUCCACUGUUAUUCAACAUCACAGAUAAGUACUUGCUAUUAAUUGAUACGUGUGCAUAAAGCGUUUCUGCUGACUUGUUUUUAUUAACAGGCUCGUCGACUAAAGAGGUUCCACUCUAUUCAUAUACUUUUAUUGUUAUGUGCCACCUUUUUGUCAGUGUGCAAUGUUACCCACUGCAAUCAUACCUUUUUUAUUAUUAAUAAUAUCAUUAUAAUUAAACUAUGUAACACAAUUUUUGUUCCUGGGUAGUAAG